AUGGUGCAGGUGAUUAACAACAUGGAUGAAUUUAAAGAGUUGUUGCGGGCUGCUGGGAGCAGGCUUGUGGUGGUGGAGUUCUCGGCAAGGUGGUGUGGCCCCUGCAAAAGGGUUGGCCCCAUUUUCCAGGCAAUGUCUUUAAAAUACCAAAAUGUCAUGUUCGCUAAUGUGGAUGUGGACUCAUCGAAGGAAUUGGCUCAACUUUGUCACAUCAAAGCCGUACCCACAUUUCAGAUGUUCAAGCACACCAAAAAGGUAUACAGCAGGAAGGAACUCUUCCAUGCUGCCCACAAAUACACUGACAAGAAUAUCCCCAGCAGCAUCAUUCCCCAGAGUGCAAUCGUGGAGUGGAGACGAGGAAGCGCUCGCGUCAAUAAACUCUUCUGUGCCUUUGUGUAUUUGAAACAGAUUUAUGAAUUUCAUGGAGCUGAUGAACAAAAACUGGAAGCGAAGAUUCAAGAGCUCAUGUGA